AAAAAUAUCUUUUUUGAAAAAUAUAGCAUAAUUUUUAGAAAUAUUUUUAAUUGGCAAAAAAAAGAAUCAAAAUGAUAGCCUUUAUUAUUUUGUUAUUUGUGAAUAAUGUAGCUGCUCGUAACAUGUUGUUAUUAAUAGCUGAUGAUGCUGGAUUUGAAUCAAUGAUAUUUGAUAAUAAAGUGAGCAAAAUGUUAAAUCUGGAAAAGUUUGCUUCAAGAGGAGUUAUAUUUAAUAAUUCGUUUACUAGUGUUUCGAGUUGCAGUCCAAGUAGGGCAAGUGUUUUGAGUGGUUUACCACAACACGAGAAUGGGAUGUAUGGGCUUCAUCAUAGUUUCCACCAUUUCAACUGCUUUGAUUAUAUCAAUAGUUUACCAUUACUGUUAGCUAAGCAAAAGAUUUUUACAGGUAUAAUUGGAAAGAAACAUGUGGGGCCCAAUCACCUGUUCAAAUUUGAUUUUGAAAAGACUGAGCAGCAAUACUCCAUAAUGCAGAUUGGUAGGAAUAUAACAUUUAUCAAAUUAAAAAUUCGUGAAUAUUUUAGAACCUUCAGCCUUUAUAAAAAGCAAAAUAAUCUUACCGAUGUCCAGGCACAAUUUUUUCUUGUAGUUUCCUUUCAUGAUCCACACAGGUGUUCAAAACAAGAUCGCCUUAAAUAUGGUUCUUUUUGUGAAAGAUUUGGGGAUGGUAGCAAAAUCAAAUCCAGCAAAAUUAGUCAAGAGCAAGAUCAUUUAAACAUUAUACCAGAUUGGCAGCCAAUUAUAUAUACUGAAUGGAAUAUUACAGAUAUACCUUACUAUUUACCCCAAACUAAAGUCAGUAAGGCUGAGUUAGCAGCUCAAUAUACUGCUAUUAGUCGAUUAGAUCAGGGUAUUGGUUUAGCCAUAAAAGAGAUUCAAAAUUAUUGCCAAAGUUUAGACUCCUCUAAUCCCGAUAGUUUGACAUCUAGCCAAACUCUGGUCAUUUAUAUAUCCGAUAACGGCCCACCAUUUCCUUCCGGUAGAACUAAUCUAUACCAACCAGGUAUGAAGGUUCCUUUUAUAAUGGCUGUUUACGAAUCCAAACAUUUUUCAAAUAUUUUAAACACUUCCGAAAAUGAGCCCCUCAAAUUUAAUACUACUCAUCGUGAUCUCAAUUAUUACGUCGAUGUCCCAGUAACAACUUCUUUUGAUGUUAUGCCCACUGUUCUAGCUUGGUUUGAAUCCAAUUAUACUUUACUUAAUUCGACUUUGCGUUUGAGAGGUCGUUCUUUGUUAAACCACCUCAGGUUAAACACAGAUAUAGAUAAUACGGUUAUCAAAAGGGAUGAGCCUAUAUUUGUGUAUGGCAGUCAAAGCUUGCACGAAAUAACAGGAUAUUACCCCAUGAGAUGUAUAAUAGACCUGGACCAGGGUUACAAGCUGAUACACAACUUGAAUUAUCGGUCAUCGUUUCCUAUCGACACCGAUUUUUAUACUUCUCUCAUGUUCCAAGAACUUUUGAAUCGUACUCUUCACAAUCAAUCGCUAGACUGGUACAAAGGGUCUCUGAAAACUUACUAUUAUCGGGACGAAUGGGAAUUAUUUAAUCUUCAAAUGGAUCCCCAAGAAAGGCACAAUUUAAUGCGCUCGUUGCCUGCUCACAAAGAAUUUCUGGCUUCGCCCAACUACAAUGCCGAAGAUAUCGUUUACAAUUCGGUCGAAAAAAUUGAUGUCUUAAAUGAACCAGGAAUUUUAUCUGGCGACAAUGAUCCCGAAUUACAGGACGCGCCCAAAAUAUUUUCUAAGCUCAAGGCCGAAUUAUUUGAGUGGCAGGCUUUUACGAAAGAUCCUUGGCUUUGUGCUCCUAGCGGUGUUUUAUUGGUGGAUAAAACUCAGAAAUUUGGGGCCUGCGCGCCCCUUUAUAAUUAAAAUACAAUGCACUUUAAAAAAUAAAUAUGUAUUAGAAAGUUUGAAAUUCCAUUAUUUAUCAUAGUGGCCUUAUUUGUAAAAGACCUAGUCUUAAUUAUCGAAUUUUGAAUCCCAUUAAAUAUUCAUUGAGGUGUCUUUUUUUUACUCAUUUAAAUUUUUUUACAUGCAUUAGUUUAUGUUGGAUUGAUAUAUGCGUUUAGAUUAGGUUUUAAUCAAAUUUUAUCCUUUUUAUAUUAAUAACUAGUCAAACCUGACAGGUCAUGUGCACA